AUGUCUGACAACGUCGGCCUCUCGACGCCGCGCGGCAGCGGCACCUCGGGCUACGUGCAGCGAAACCUCGCGCAGAUGCGGCCGCGCGACUACGGCGCGCCGUACCCUCCGAAAGACGCCGACUCGCUGCGUCACAAGCCGCGGGUCCCCGAUAAGGAGAUUCUCGAGCACGACCGCAAGCGCGAGAUCGAGGUCAAGGUGCUCGACCUGCGCGACACCCUCGAGGACGAAGGUCUCGAGGAAGAAGAGGUCGAGAAGCGAUGCGACGAGCUGCGACAGAAGCUGCUCGCCGAGCUCGAGAGCAAGAAGAACUCCCGCGGCGGCGGCGGACCGGUGCGGAAGCACUUCAAGAGUCACCAGGUGCACGAGAUGGCGGACGCCAAGAUGAAGGAGAGCGAGAGGCUGAGGAGCGCGUUGAGGAUAAGCAAGGACUACGAGGAGGGCAGCCAUUGGAGGAGACAGGAGGAGCGGUUGAGGAACGCCGUGGAGAGAGAUGCCAAGAAAGAAGAGGUCGACUAG